UUAUGUCACAAGUUGACGUUAACAAGAAGAAAAAUCCUGAGCGCCUAAUCUCAUCGAUUUCUAAUAUGACCGUACAUCAAAGAGUUGCUGAUCACGAAUACUAAUAAUGUAUCUCCUUGUUCCAGGCUCAAAGUUCCUAUGCUCGGAAGUAAUAGCACCAAUAAGGAGCGAAGUGGACGACAUAAGCCUUAUCAUAAUAAACUUCGAAGAUCUUACCACUGUGCCGGCGCCAUCAUUAGAAAAUAGCCCCAUCGGAAAAAAUAGGUUAAGUAAAUUCGACAGAGCUCGAGCGUCGUUCAGGCAAAGUUUGAGGCUAGGUUCAGGCAUACGGGGUCGAGGCCUGAGGUUAGCCGGAUAUCUGACUCCGCCCAGUGAUGUCACCGCGGCAGAAGAGGAAGAAGACCGCCUGGAGCAAUGCCCGUUGACCUCAUCGGCACCGACCGCUCCAAUCCUGGAACCGCACCAGCAGACGACGAUAGUCCCGCUCCAAUCGUCGGUCAUCACUUCGGCUGUGAUCCCGCCCCUUCCGUGGAGCGGCCCUGGAAGGGGCGGAUCCGUAGAACCGCCUGGCCCCGCCUACCGACUGCCCCACCAACCGGUGCUCAGCGUAUCGCAUAGCGCGCCCACCUCCCACCAAGCGUCCUUCGAGAGAGGGGAGAGCAUGGAACGGACCAAUGGCGUGACGAAUGGCAACGGAAAUGGGAGGGGGGCGGGCGGCGGUACGGGAGGAGGAGGGAACAAUAAUAGGCACUACGCAGUACAGAACCGAACAGUAUCGCAUGCUACAAGCUUAGAUGCCAUAGCUAGGAGACAGUGUUUUAGAACAGGAUAUCCUACCGUUAGUCUUUCUAGGAAUAUUUAUCUGGCUGCCAAAAUAUUUGCACAGUUGUGCUGUCAUUGCGAAACACAAACAAGGUCGCCUCGAGAUAAUUUAGACGUGCAACCAGACAUAUCUCACGCAAAUUAG